AUGAGCAGAGAAGCUGGCAGGAGACGCCUGUAUCCAGUGGCCGUCGAGCCAUCUGCCUCUGACCUCUUCGCAGCAGUUUCGCAAGCUGGGAACAACAAAAGCGCCAAUCACCAUGCUCACGACGAAACAAGAUCUCGAGAAGCUUUGCCCAGAUACGUUGCGCUCAACUUCAACUUCAAGCCAGACUCCACGCAUGACUGCAAACAGGGCGCCCUUUUCCAACCUGACUCGAACCGCAACGUCAAUGCGGACUGGCAGCUGGAGCUAGAGUCGACCGAGACGGAGAGCGAGCCCGGCCCGAGCACUGUUUCAGACGGCAACAGCGCAUCCAGGAAGCCGGCACAUGUAUUUACAGGGCCACAGACUGUCGUCAAGUCAUACGACCUCGUGCUGGUGUGGGACCGGGAAGCGAAGGUGUACCGUUUGGACCGCAUCGCUUCGGCUUUCUCGCUCAAGUACGAGCGUUCAAAGACCGUGCUCAGCGCUCAAAGUCACGACGUGUGGAAGAAUGGUACAGCCAAAGCCAAGAAACGGGCCCUCGUGGAAGACAGGAAGCCACGUCAAGCCACUGCGGAAACCCGAGGUACAAGCAAGCGCUAUGACACCAGUGUUGAUCAAGGUCGAGGUAGCCGCUCAGCCGAAGUAUCGGCGUCGACACCCACCAAGCCACUGGGCGAGCUCAAACUGAAGAGCAAGGCAAGCACCGUCAUGGCGCCGGUUCGAAGAUCCUCUCGCCGAAGCUUGGCGGUGGAGAUGGAAGAGUUUGCCGACCGCUCUGAAUCUCCAGUCGGGUCCCCCAGCGCUCCAUCCGCUGCUCGAUCGACGAAGCGGAGCAGUGUAUCGAAAGACAGCGACCUGCGUGGCAAGGAAGAAAGCAAGAAGGUCAAGGUGCAAGAGUCGAACAAGGAGCGAGGCUCAAGCGACGAGACUGCCAGUGCGCUGCGUCGUAGUCGCCGUCGUUCGAGUCAGGCGCAAGUGGACGAAUCUGAACCGUCUAGUCAACGCAGUCAUGCGGCCGCUGUUGCGUCAAAAGGUGAUGGUGCGGAAGGCGAUGACGAUGACUUGGCGCUACAGCUCGAGCGAGAGCUGGAGCGCGAACUGGAAGUCGAAAUGCAUGACCUGAACGAGUCCAAGGAUGCGUCUCCUUCGAGUACCGCUCCGGCUCCUGCCAGCACCAAAGCGACGUCGGGCCGCUCCCUCUCACCCGUGUCUCGACUCAAACGCGGCGACGGAGCGGGGAAGAUCAGCACGCCAAAAGCUCACACUCCUGAUCUUGACGAAGCGUCCGCAUAUCCAUCCUCUUACGUGUCGAAAUCAUUCAAGCGGUCCACAUCGCCGAACCUGAACCGCGUGGCUGGCGCCGGCCAGGUGCCGUCAUCGGCAUUCAUCGGACUGGGCUUGCAGCAAACAGGGGUGGGCAUCACUCCAAAGGCAUCGCCGCGCCUCGACAUUGCCAGCCCCAUCGAGUCUUCCAAGUCUCCUCUUGCGCUCGAGCGUAGUGGCGAUGGCAACGAGGAGGAGGAGGAGGAAGAAGAGGAAGAGAAGGACGAGGACGAAGAAGAUGAUGACCUGCAGGACUUUGCCGCUGAGCUCGACAUGAGCCUGGCCGAGGGACUGGAGUCUGUUCCGGCGGCAGCGGCUCCUGCUCUCGGGGAGAAGCGCAGAAGCUCUCGUUCACAGAUUGCUUCUCAAAGCGGGGCCGAUUCAAGACCGAGGCAGGUGCGCAAAGCGUAUGGUCUGGGAGGCCCUCGUCAGGAAGAGGAGGAGCUGGAGGACAGUGACUAA